CAAAGCCUUCCUACCUCGAAGUCUUGAAGAGAAGUGAUCUGAUCUCUCAAUCUGCCGCAGAGACAUAAGGUCUAGCUUUCGCUUUUGUUUUGUGAGUUGCGACCCUUUGUUGCAGUAAAUAACAAGGUUUUUGAGAAAUGGGGAAGGAUUCAAAACCAAAGGAAGCCAAGGGAAAAGGCAAGCAAGCCGGAGGUGGAAGUGAUGAGAGUGCUUCAAAGGGUAAAGGGAAAGCUGGGAAGGGAGAUGGGCUUGGCACCUGCACUUAUGUUAAAGCUAGGCACAUCUUAUGUGAGAAGCAGGGGAAGAUCAAUGAAGCUUACAAGAAACUGGAAGAUGGUUGGCUUAGCAAUGGUGAUAAGGUCCCACCAGCUGAAUUUGCAAAGAUAGCUCAAGAAUAUUCAGAAUGUCCAUCAGGGAAGAAGGGUGGAGAUUUAGGAUGGUUUCCGCGGGGUAAAAUGGCUGGCCCAUUUCAGGAAGUUGCCUUCAGCACAGCUGUUGGAGCUACUAGUGCACCCUUCAAAUCAACACAUGGAUACCAUAUCAUCUUGUCCGAAGGAAGGAAGAAUUGAUGGAAGCAAGCGAAGAUACAGUCAGGCGGUGGAGAUGGGUUUUAUGAUAUAUAUACAGACAUGAAAUAUGUUAAAGUUUGUCUCAUUAACUGAUGAAACUUCGGAUUUGCAGCUUGAUAAUGCUUCUUCUGGUGGUAUAGUUUGCCUAAAAAUUAUCUUCGAAUAUAUGAUGCCAAUUUAGUCACCUCUUUUCACCUUUCA